AUGCUUGGCCGGCCGGAAGCAGCUGAGACCCAGCCUACCGCCCGAGGUUAAUUCAGCCAGGAAAGGGGGCGGGAAGGGCUGUCGGGGGCAGCUGUCAGUUCGCCACCAUGAACGUGGUUUUUGCUGUGAAGCAGUAUAUUUCCAAAAUGAUCGAGGACAGCGGGCCCGGCAUGAAGGUGCUUCUCAUGGAUAAAGAAACGACCGGCAUAGUGAGUAUGGUCUACACACAGUCAGAGAUCCUCCAGAAGGAAGUGUACCUCUUCGAGCGAAUCGAUUCUCCAAAUCGAGAGAUCAUGAAACACCUAAAAGCAAUUUGUUUUCUUCGACCCACAAAGGAGAAUGUAGACUAUGUAAUUCAGGAGCUCCGAAGACCCAGAUACAGCAUCUAUUUUAUUUAUUUCAGUAACGUGAUCAGCAAGAGUGAUGUGAAGGCGUUGGCUGAGGCUGACGAGCAGGAAGUCGUGGCUGAAGUUCAGGAAUUUUAUGGUGAUUACAUUGCUGUGAACCCACAUUUGUUUUCCCUCAAUAUUUUGGGUUGCUGUCAGGGUCGAAAUUGGGAUCCAGCCCAGCUAUCCAGAACAACUCAAGGGCUGACAGCUCUCCUCUUAUCUCUCAAGAAGUGCCCCAUGAUUCGUUACCAGCUUUCGUCAGAGGCUGCAAAGAGACUUGGAGAAUGUGUUAAGCAAGUGAUAAGUAAAGAAUACGAGCUCUUUGAAUUCCGGCGGACAGAGGUCCCUCCCCUGCUUCUCAUCCUGGACCGCUGUGAUGACGCCAUCACCCCGCUGCUCAACCAGUGGACAUACCAGGCCAUGGUCCAUGAGCUGCUGGGCAUAAACAACAACCGCAUUGACCUUUCCAGAGUGCCAGGGAUCAGCAGGGACUUGCGGGAGGUGGUCCUGUCUGCUGAGAAUGAUGAAUUCUAUGCUAACAACAUGUACCUGAACUUUGCAGAGAUUGGGAGCAACAUAAAGAAUCUCAUGGAAGACUUCCAGAAGAAGAAACCAAAAGAACAGCAAAAGCUGGAAUCCAUAGCAGACAUGAAGGCCUUUGUUGAGAAUUAUCCGCAGUUCAAGAAGAUGUCUGGGACUGUGUCAAAGCACGUGACAGUGGUCGGAGAGCUGUCUCGGUUGGUCAGUGAGCGGACUCUGCUGGAGGUCUCAGAGGUUGAGCAAGAACUGGCCUGUCAGAAUGACCACUCGAGUGCCCUCCAGAAUGUGAAGAGACUCCUGCAGAACCCUAAAGUCACAGAGUUGGAUGCCGCUCGCCUGGUGAUGCUUUACGCUCUGCAUUAUGAGAGACACAGCAGCAACAGCCUGCCAGGCCUCAUAAUGGACCUCAGGAGCAAAGGUGUUUCUGACAAGUACCGCAAGCUUGUGUCGGCAGUGGUUGAAUAUGGUGGUAAACGGGUUAGAGGAAGCGACCUCUUCAGCCCCAAAGACGCUGUGGCUAUUACCAAACAGUUCCUCAAAGGACUGAAGGGAGUGGAGAAUGUAUACACACAGCACCAGCCGUUCCUGCACGAGACCCUGGACCAUCUCAUCAAGGGGAAGCUCAAGGAAAGCCUCUACCCCUACUUAGGCCCCAGCACUCUCAGGGACAGGCCUCAGGACAUCAUCGUGUUCAUCAUUGGAGGAGCCACCUAUGAAGAAGCCCUGACAGUUUAUAACCUGAACCGCACCACUCCUGGGGUGAGGAUUGUUCUGGGAGGAACAACAGUACACAACACCAAAAGUUUCCUCGAGGAAGUCCUGGCUUCUGGGCUGCACAAGCGCAGGGAGAGCUCACAGCCCACCUCCAGGCCAGCAAGCAGAAGGUGAGACAGCGAUGGAGAGCCGCAGGAGUGGCCCGGCCUCCC